CCCACAGUGCUCCACGCCAACGCUAUGGAGGCCGGGAGGACUGCGGUGCUCCGAGUGAAGCGGAAGCGCACGUCGGAGCCGGCCGAGGCUCUUGUACUCGCUUGUAAACGCCUCCGGAGUGGUCCGGUUGAAUCAGAUGCACAGGAGACGCCGGAGGACCUGGAAAGGGCGGCGGAGAAUAAUGUCUUCCAGUUGGUGGCCACCGUGCGCUCCCAGGAGGAACCAGUCCAGCCCCUCGUGCGGGCUGCCCUGCGCCCGUCUUUGGGCAGCCAGCAGCGUAUCCGCCGCGGUCUUCGCGCGUCGGCUCGAGAGAGCAGGCAGGAAGGCCGCUAUCGGGUGGUCUCCAGCCGCCGAUCCUCGGGGACCGCCUCGGGCUCCCUGGUGUCCGAGUACCAGCCAAGGAACCUAGAGACCUCUGAGGACGAAGGCUUCCAGCUGUUCGACCUAGUCCACGAGGAAGGAGACGGAGAGGCAGCUGCCAUGGACUCCUACAAAGCAGCUGACCCAGAUGUGAUCCUCUGCAAUUCUGUAGAGUUGAUCCGUGAACGAUUGACUAUAUCUGAGAAUGGACCAGAAGUGAGGCACCAGGAGGAACAAAAGCAAGAUGACUAUGUGUAUGAUAUUUACUGCUUGGAUAUGGCCACUCCUGGAUGGAUCGAGAACAUCCUUUCUGUGCAGCCCUACAGCCAAGAUUGGGAGCUGGUGAGUGAUGAUCAACAAACAGAGGACAUUUAUGAAGAUGAAGAUGACGAGAACAGUGAGAAUAACUGGCGUAACGAGUACCCAGAAGAGGAGGACAUCAGUGAUGGAGAUGAAAAUUCCAGAGGCUCUGAUGAAUACAACAGUCUCAGUGAAGAGGAAAGUGGCUGUAGCAGACAAUGCAUGUGGAGCAAAUACCCCCUGGAUGUACAGAAGGAGUUUGGCUAUGACAACCCCCAUGACCUAGAUUCAGACUGAUAGUCUUGUGAUAGCCAUGAGAUUCUGCACAGCCCUUGGGGGCUCUGUGACUACAGCAUCAGCUGCCCUAGUGACAUUCUCUUAGAUUUCCUAGCUUAAUGUGUGGAGGAAGCAGCAUAUCAAACAGUACCGUCUCAUCACAGGGAAAACUAUGCUAAGGAAAUGGGUCUUUCCCACUAAAAGUAGGGCCUGAAUCAAAAGUGACCCUGUAGUCUUUUAAAAAAUGCUGUAUAAAGGAAGGUUUGUUUAGCUUCUUGGCCCAGGCAGUUUUCCUGGUGUUCCAAGUCUCCUAGCUAAAGCCAUACGGGUAGCAGAGAGGUUAUUUCACCAGGAAUACAGUUCUGCUUUCCCCAUACUACCAGGCUGCCUGCCUCUAGUAAAACCUGUUCUUUUCGAUAGAGGGAAUGUGGAAGGGCUAUAGUGGGGCCCUUGUAGCAGCACAGACUGGACAGUAAUGGCCAUUAGGGCAGGAAGUAGAAUCUGAGCUGUGGAAGAUUUUAGCUCACAGCUACCUCCGCUUUCCUGCUUCUGGACUCUGAUGAUGGUUGUAAAGAUUGUUGUCAUCCUUUGGCAGUAGUGCCCAGGGACAGAAUGAAUAUGAAUGUGACACUACUUGUUUAAUAAAAACUAACUCUUACCA